GCUGCGUGCUAUAAAACGGCAACUGUCAGAUUUUGACAUUUAAGCCUGUAAAGAUUCUUUUUAGCGUGAGUGGCAGACAAAAUGGUGAAAGUCAAGUGCUCCGAUUUAAGAACCAAGGACAAGAAAGAGCUCACAAAACAGCUCGAUGAGCUGAAAAAUGAGCUCCUGGUUCUACGUGUUGCUAAAGUUACCGGAGGUGCUCCCUCAAAGCUCUCCAAAAUCCGUGUAGUACGUAAAGCCAUUGCCCGUGUUUACAUUGUUAUGCACCAAAAGCAAAAGGAGAAUUUGCGCAAGGUUUACAAGAACAAGAAAUACAAGCCUUUGGAUUUGAGAAAAAAGAGGACUCGUGCCAUCCGCAAGGCUUUGUCGCCCAGAGACGCAAACAGAAAGACCCUUAAAGAAAUCCGCAAGCGGUCUAUUUACCCACAAAGGAAGUAUGCCGUUAAAGCAUAAUUUGAUUUGAUUUGUUGAACGUGUGUAUAAUACAACGCUAAUAAACACCAAUAAAACAAAAAAAAUCUCUUUCGUA